AUGGAGGACGCCGCCUCGGAUGCCGGGCCCACGGCCCAACAACAGCGAUACGACGAUCGUCCCAACGCCGCCGCAGUCGAGAUAUGCCGGAUAUGUCGUGGCGAAGGCACAGAGGAAGAGCCGCUCUUCCACCCGUGCAAAUGCAGCGGCAGCAUCAAGCACGUCCACCAGGACUGCCUGAUGGAGUGGCUCUCGCAUUCGCAGAAGAAGUACUGCGAGCUGUGCAAAACGCCCUUCCGCUUCACCAAGCUGUACGCCCCCGACAUGCCGCAGUCGCUGCCUGUACACGUCUUUGCCAAGCACAUGGCCAGUCAUCUGCUCAGCAACCUGCUGGUGUGGCUGCGGGCAGCCGUCGCCAUCAGCGUAUGGGUGUUUUGGCUUCCCUACUUUAUGAGGGCUGUGUGGUCCUUCAUGUUCUGGAUCAGUGACGAAGGCUUGGGUGGCUCCAUCAUAUCGCGGAUCAACGAGACCAACAACACCAUGUCGGCAAUUCCCUCCUCCAUCUUGGCCAUUGGAACAUGUCCUGCCAGCCCCCUGUUAGCGGCCACCACCACCUCUGCGGCCGAAGUCGAAGCCGUGGUAGGUCAGCUGGAGGGCAAAGAUGUUUCCGAUUACUUUGUGCGAUUCCUACUCAACUCAUUCACCUCUCCAUACCUGGCCUCCGACGGCGAGCUGGGAUACGCGGCAAAUGCAUCUGCAGCGUUGAACAACGGCAGUCAAUUCGCUACUGCAACGACCCUCCUCAGCAACGUUGGCUUUCUUGGUAACCUUACUCGGAAUGCAAGCCUAAAUCGAGCCAUCGUAUCCGUAUUGGAAGGGCAAAUCAUCACGGUUCUGGUAAUCAUCUCUUUCAUACUCAUCAUCUUGGUCAGAGACUAUGUUGUCCAGCAACAGCCAGAAAUCAACAUGCGGGCUGCCUUUGCUGCCCCCGAAAAUGACUUUCAGGUUCCUGAACCAGACGAGAUUAUUCAGCCAGAGAACUUGCCACCAGCAAAUCCUCGCCCAACAGACUCAGACGAUGAAACUUUGGAAGACAGCGAUCAAGUUGCUGGCGAGGAAGCAUUGACUCCAGACUCUUCAAACCACUCGACGCCCGAUCACGAUUCUUUUCCGACUUCUAGCACGAAUACCUCCUUACAGAACGAUCAACUACACUCUCAUGCACGCCAAGAUGCCGAUGAAGGUGAUGCUGCAGAGGAACCGAGCAGUCUCGAUGAUUAUCAGCGAAUUUAUGGCCGCGCUAACGGCGACCUUCAAGACAUACUGCGAAUCAUCGAAGAAGAAGGUCUACAAGAAAAGCUUAAAUACUGGGUUGAAUUCACACGGCGAUCCGCUUCUACUAUUGAAAAUACGAGUUAUGAGCAUAUAACGGACGAGGCAGACCAAGAGCACCCCGAGCACGAGAUUGACUCGGAUCAUGACACACUUCAGUCUUCCUCUAACUGGAAAGGCAAGGAGCUAUGGUCUCCCACGCAGGCAGAUGCCGACAUCUCAGGGCCUUCAGAUGCACAUGAGGAUGAGCUCUUUGGCGCUGCCUCAAGACCACGCUCAAUGUCGGAUGGCCUUCAGGGACAGUUCUCGGCUAACCCGCUGGCGAAUAAUUCAUGGUCUUUCGAUGCACUUCCCGUAGAUGACAAGUCCGAUGAACUCUUCCAGUCCCUCCCUGCUAUUCAAGAACAAUUUGCACAAGACUUUAAUGAUGACGAGCCCUCGGGAGGGUCCUCGGGACAGUCUAGAGACUCCGGUGACGAAGACGACAGCCAUUUGAGUCGAGACGCCUAUAGGCGCCUCCCAGAUGGAGAUGUCUAUCAACGCCACCCUCCAAGAGAACUCCAGCAACCCCUCCCGGAUCUGAAUGCGAGAGAACAGCGCUUGGAUGCUGGAAUCGAACCACAGCCGCCUCAUGCCAACGGCGCUACCGAGGAAGCAGCCGUCAAUGGCGGUGAUGCCCCAGCAGCUGGCUUCGCCGACAAGGUUGCUGAUUUCAUGUGGGGCAACAUGGACGACCUGGAUCCUCCAGCCGCUGGCAACAAUAACCGGGAGGAUCUUUGGGUCGACAUUCCUGCGGAGCCCAACGGCGACGAUGGCGAAGGCAUCGCUGCGGACGACAACGCUGCACCCUUGGACCCUGAAGCAAUCGAGGACAUGGAAGACUUUGAAGGAGUCAUGGAGUUGAUUGGCAUGCGUGGACCUAUUGCAGGCCUUUUCCAGAAUGCCAUUUUCUGCGCCGUCCUUGUGUCAGUCACCAUCUUUGCUUGCAUCUUUAUCCCAUACAACAUCGGCCGUGUCUCUGUCUGGCUCCUUGCAAGUCCCAUGCGGGUCGUGCGCUUGCUCUUCGAGCUCUCGAAAUUGCUGCAGGACGCCACGUUCCUAGUUGGUGGCUUGGGUUCCUGGUGCGUGUUGAAUUUCGUCGACAUCUUCGCGGCCGUCAUGGGCGGCUCCGUCAAGGCCCAUAUCGUUUCAGCCAGGAAAAUGUCCUGGGCGUUAUGGACUGGUGCUGGCAGCAGAAUCUGCACAUUCCUUUUCAAAGACUUCUUCCCCAUGUCAGCAACAGAAAUUCACAACUUCUCCGCAGUCAGCCACGAUGCGCUCAACAUUGUCAAGGGCAAUGUCGUGUCCGUAUUUUCCAACAUCAGCGGUAGUCUAACUACAGCGAAUGCGGUUGGCUUGGACAAGAUUAUGGCUACUUCAACGACUCUGCUCAGCUCCGUCUUUGAGACAGCUAUCAAAGUCUCGUCUCUCCUCACAAAGCCCAGUUCGUGGGUCAUUGACCUGAGCCUGGCUGAAGAAUGGCCUUCGUUGGAUCCGCAGUUGACGUAUUGGUCUAGCCUGGACAGAUUCUGGGCCAUCCUAGCUGGUUACACCACCAUGUUCUUGAUCGGUGCUCUGUAUCUGAAAAAGGGCAGCCCAUUUUCGAGAAACGCAAUAGUGCAUGCGUGGGAAACCGGAGUUAUCGAGUCUCUCCAACAGGCCAGCGGAAUCAUGAAGGUGAUCCUCAUCAUCAGUAUCGAGAUGCUCGUUUUCCCCCUUUACUGCGGUCUACUUCUCGAUGCGGCCCUGCUGCCACUCUUUGAGAACACUACGUUUACGAGCAGAAUUAUCUUCACUUGCAAAUAUCCAAUGACGUCGAUUUUUGUACACUGGUUUGUGGGCACUGGUUACAUGUUUCACUUUGCUCUUUUCGUUUCCAUGUGUCGAAAGAUAAUGCGGCCAGGCGUAUUGUACUUCAUUAGAGAUCCUGAUGAUCCCGAGUUUCACCCAGUGCGCGACGUGCUUGAGCGAAAUCUCACAACGCAACUGAGGAAAAUCCUCUUUUCUGCUUUCGUAUACGGAGCUCUAGUCAUCGUGUGUCUCGGUGGCAUCGUAUGGGGCCUGUCAUUCGCCAUGCCAAGCGCACUUCCAAUCCACUACUCCUCCAACGAGCCGGUACUGGAAUUCCCGGUUGACCUGCUCUUCUACAACUUCCUCAUGCCACUUGCGGUCAAGUUUUUCAAGCCCAGCGAUGCGCUGCAUACCAUGUACACGUGGUGGUUCCGCAGAUGUGCACGGGCUCUGAGGCUCUCGUACUUUCUCUUUGGCGAGAGGAGGGUCGACGAAGAGGGUGUUUUACAUCUCCCAGCCGAAACGCCAGCAGGCAGGAUUCCUCAUAUGGGAUACCUGCUCGAGCUUUCGCACGCUGAGAAUACACCUGCUGAGAAUGCCAAGAUUGUUCCAAAGACCUGGCGCGAUACAUUUGAGGGCGGUGACUCGAAGCCCACUACACGCUUGAGUUCUAGCGAACGGAAGGCUCAUCGGCAUAGGAAGGCUCAUCUCGUCGAAACCCACCAGCUUGUCAAAGACGGCAGAUUUAUCCGAGCCCCCGCCUCUGAUCGCAUCAAGAUUCCAAAGGGGCAACAAGUGUUUUUGACCGUGAGCGAGCGCAACCACCGGAAAGAUGGCCGUGCGGACGACGACAUAUAUUCGUCAGAUCAGUAUCUGCAGGUCUAUAUACCUCCGAAUUUCCGCACAAGGAUUUUCACAUUUAUUCUUUUGAUCUGGCUAUUUGCCUCGGUUACCGGCGUUGGGUUCACCAUCAUACCCUUGGUGCUUGGCAGAAAAAUAUUCAAAGAGCUUAUUCCAGACUACAUCAGAACGAACGACAUUUAUGCCUUCAGCAUCGGAGUCUUUUUGCUCGGCUCUGCUGCAUACGCCGUAGCCCGCCAGCAUGUCAUACGGGAAAAGAUUGGAAAGUGGAUUCGUGAGGCAGAGCGCGAUAUACUCGAGGGCGAGGUUGCUGGACGAAUGGCACGCAUCGCUAUCCACGCGGCCAAGCUCUUUUACGCAUAUACUGUUCUGCUCGUGGUGUUCCCCUUGCUGACCUCUGCGCUGAUGGAGCUGUACGUGGCCAUCCCGCUGCAUACAUAUAUGCAUCCCCCAACGGCAGUUUCGCUGAAGGACGAGGGAGCCAACCGCCACACGGUCCGUGUUAUCCAGUCCUGGGUCUUGGGGCUGCUCUAUCUGAAGCUGGGCAGCCGGAUGGUUACAUCGCUGUUUCCAGAUAGCCGGGCCUCGACGGCAGUCCGUAACAUUGUACGCCGUAGAUGGUGGCUACGGCCCAACGUGCGCCUCCUGACCCGAGGAUUUGUCGUCCCAGGCCUCUUGAUAUCCUGUGUGGCCAUCUACGGGCCGCCAACGGUGGCAGGAUUCAUCAUCCGACACGCUGGUCUUGCCGGAGGCUCUGCGCCAGAAGACGCCGCCGCUGCUGUGACGGCGACGGUGAUUUACAGACAGUCGUAUCCUAUUGCGGCGUGUGCCGCCAUGCUCGCCAAGCAUGCCGUGGGAUUUGUUAAAGUCACAAACCGGUGGACGGCGAGCGUCCGGGAUGAGGCGUAUCUGAUUGGAGAGCGACUGCACAACUUUGGGUCCAGGACAUCGAGCGCUCAAAAGACAAAGGUCAGGGCUCGACGGGUAAAUGCUUAGGACGAGUUGGGCUUCAGAUGACUAUCAGUCUUGAGAAUGACAAGGGACCUAUUUAAAAGGGUGGCAACUUUAGCAUAGUUGGCUUGGGCACCCAAGCAGGUAAACGUGAGGCUGUUUGACGAUUACUCACAUUGGGCAGCGACCUACCUGCGAUGACGACUAACCUAAAUGGAUGGAAACGACGGUUCAAUGAACUAUAUUCAAUUUUAGUAUAAAAUAGAGCGAGAAUGGAAUAAUAAAUUAGCUCAACGCGAAGUAUCUUGGGU